GCGGUCCCCCCCUACCUAGAGGAGAGGUGCGUCAAGCGAUUUUGUUGGCUCGAGAUGUUGACUAAAUUUGAGUCAAAAAGCAACCGGGUUAAGGGUCUGGCCUUCCACCCCCAUCGACCAUGGAUAUUGACGAGCUUGCAUAACGGCGUCAUCCAACUAUGGGAUUACCGGAUGGGUACCUUGCUUGAUCGGUUUGACGAACAUGACGGUCCAGUGAGAGGUGUAGACUUUCAUCAGGCACAACCUCUCAUAGUAAGUGGCGGGGACGACUAUCGCAUCAAAGUCUGGGACUAUAAGCUUCGUCGAUGUUUGUUCACGUUGCUGGGACAUCUGGAUUACAUCCGUACAGUCUGUUUUCAUGGUGAUUAUCCCUGGCUUGUAUCCGCUAGUGAUGACCAGACCAUUCGCAUAUGGAACUGGCAAAGCCGAUCAUGUGUCAGCGUGCUCACGGGACACAAUCACUAUGUGAUGUGUGCGUCAUUUCACACCAGAGAUGAUCUUAUUGUGUCUGCCUCCUUGGAUCAAACUGUCCGAGUUUGGGAUAUAACAGGACUCAGAAAAAAAAAUGUUCGAGGAGCACCAACUUCUGGCGCGGGAACCGCUAGCGUUGUAUCGCGGGUGAAUGCUGAUCUCUUUGGUGGCAAUGAUGCUGUUGUUAAGUAUGUCCUUGAAGGCCACGACCGAGGAGUGAACUGGGCAUCAUUCCAUCCUACACUGCCUCUCAUCAUCAGCGGUGCAGAUGAUCGGCAGGUAAAGCUCUGGCGUAUGAAUGAAACUAAAGCUUGGGAGGUUGACACCAUGCGUGGUCACACUAACAACGUUUCAUGUGUUGUCUUCCAUCCCAAACACGAACUCAUUAUUUCAAACUCGGAAGACAGAUCUAUUCGAGUCUGGGAUAUCUCGAAGCGAUUAGGCGUUCAAACAUUUCGCAGAGAAAAUGACCGGUUUUGGAUACUAGCUGCACACCCAGAACAAAAUCUUCUAGCUGCAGGCCAUGACUCUGGUAUGAUUGUCUUCAAACUGGAACGUGAACGUCCCGCCUACGCUUCGCACUCGGGUCGAUUGUUUUACGUCAAGGAUCGAUAUCUGCGGGUGUACGAAUACAGUCCUUCGCGUGAUGUGCCCGCCUUGUCUCUUCGCCGAGCUGGUUCAGGUAGUAGCAUAGGCGGGAAUCCUCGGUCUCUCGAUCUCAAUGUUUUCAAUGCGUCAGAGGAUAAUAUCUUGAUGUUCUCUGAAUCUGAUGGGGGCACAUAUGAGUUGAUGACAUUUCAGGGAGAAUCUUCCGCAACUCCGGGAGAGAGCACUGAAAUAAAACGUGGCCAAGGUGUAGCUGCUGUCUUCAUUGCUCGUAACCGAAUUGCGGUCCUCGAUAAGAAUCGUCAGAUCAUCAUCAAAGACUUUGCAAAUGAGAAAAGGAAGAGCUUAGCUCCGCCGAAUCCUAGCACGGACCGAAUGUUUUUUGCAGGCACAUCAGGGCGACUGUUGCUCCGCUCGGAUGAUCGAAUCACCUUAUUUGAGCCACAGUCUCGCCGUGUCCUCGCAGAGUUGCAAAGUCCACGGGUCAAAUAUGUAUUGUGGAAUAAAGACUGCACUUAUGUUGCGCUCGUCAGCAAACAUGGUAUUACGAUCGCAUCCCGUGACAUGGAGCAGCUUUGCAGCUUUACUGAAUCAGUGCGUGUCAAAAGUGGUUCUUGGGACACUAAUAAUUGCAUCUUUAUCUACACAACUCUGAAUCAUAUAAAGUACUGCUUGAUUAAUGGCGAUACUGGUAUAAUUCGUACGCUAGAUGUGCCUGUCUACAUCACACGAGUCGCCAGCAAUCAGCUGUUUUGUCUUGAUCGCGAGUGUAAGACACGUGUUAUUUCCAUUGACACAACCGAGGCAGCCUUCAAACUAGCCCUUGAGGACAAAAAUUACCCUGAAGUCAUGCACAUGGUCCGCAAUUCUCGGCUUUGUGGAAAGGCCAUAAUUGGGUACCUUCAAGACAAGGGGUUCCCGGAAGUUGCACUCCAUUUUGUUGAUGAUUUAAAGACCAGAUUUAAGCUGGCAUUAGCAUGCGGUAACAUUGAGAUUGCUAUGAACACAGCCUAUGAAAUGGGGGACGAUCUCUCUUGGCAUAGACUUGGGAUUGAGGCCCUUCGUCAGGGUAACCACCAGGUAGUUGAGAUGGCAUACCAACGCACAAAAAAUUUCGAGCGUCUUUCGUUCUUGUACCUUCUCACUGGCAACACCGAGAAACUCCGAAAGAUGCUCAAAAUCGCAGAGAUGCGCCAGGAUAUAAUGGCAAGAUUCCACAACGCCUUAUUCUUGGGUGAUGUAUUGGAGCGAGUCAAAGUGUUAGAAGACGCUGGCCAGGUGUCCUUGGCAUAUUUAACAUCACUGACGCAUGGACUCGUCGAUGCAGAGGAAAGAUUGAAAUUGGGACUCCCUGAGGGGGUGAUGCCAGCCAUUCACGGAGAUGCACAUCUGAUGCAGCCACCAACGCCAAUCAUCCACGCAGAUAAUUGGCCACUAUUGAGUAUCCCAAAGCAAACCCUCUAUGAGAAGAAAGACGAACUAUCCACCUACCAUGAUGAUGCUGACUUGGAACCAGCUGGUAAAGGAUGGGAAGCAGCAGAACUUGAUCUUGAAGAUUCUCCUGGAGAGCCCGUUGUCAGCACUGAAGAUACUAUUGGAAAUGGUUGGGACGAUGACUUGGACUUGGGAGAUGAGUUUUCUGAUGUGUCCUCAGCACAAAAAAUCCCCUCAAACCUUGAUGGCGAAGGUCGUAAUGAGGGCUUGUUGGUACCAGCUACAGGAAUUUUACCGACACGUUCAUGGUGCAACAAUUCAUCUCAUGCUGCAGACCACAUUGCGGCAGGUUCUUUUGAUAGUGCAAUGCAGCUUCUGAAUCGUCAAAUUGCCGCUGCACAUUUUUUGCCGAUGAAAUCAUGCUUUAUGCUCGUGUUUUCGAGCUCCUUGAUGUCCAUGCCUGGAUUACCCUUGACCACUACGCUGCACAUCCCACUCAGUCGCACUGCUAGCGGCACUCCAGGAGAAAAUCUACCUGAUGUCGCAAUCACUAUGGCGCAUCUAAUUCAAUCUCUAAAACUCGCCUACAAGACAUUUCAGAAAGGCGAAUUCUCUCGUGUUCAAGCUAUUUUCAGUACGAUAUUUAAGUCAAUUCCUCUUGUCAUUACUGAGACGAGAAGUGCAUCGCACGAGGUGACAGAACUCCUUGAUAUCUGCAGAGAGUAUACGACUGCUGUGAGAAUAAAAAAUACGAAUGUGAACUCCAGCGGUCAGCGGCAAAUGGAGCUGUCUGCAUACUUCACUCAUUGUAAUUUGCAGCCGGGUCAUCUGGCGCUUGCUUUGAGUUUAGCCAUGACACAAGCUUAUAAGGGGGGAAACUUCAUAAACGCCGCUGCAUUUGCACGCCGUCUUCUUGAGCUACCUGACUUGGUUGGGCAGAACGAUAUUCGUAGCAGGGCUCAAUUGGUCAUCAGGAAUAGCGAGCAAAAGGCUCGAAACGAGCAUGCGUUGAAUUAUGACGAACGCAACCCGUUUGAUAUUGAGUGCACUGAUCUCCAACCUAUUUAUCGUGGAUCGCCCUCCGCAAGCUGUCCCUACUGUAGAUCAGUGCACUCAACAAAGAUGAAAGGCUCCCUUUGUGUAACCUGCAAUCUUGCUGUAAUCGGUGUUGAGACUCUGGGAUUGGUAUCUCAGUCUCAUAGUAAAUAACAAUGGGCCCCAUGGAGGGCACGGCAGACUACAGUGAGAAACCCAACGGACCUGUACUUGCAACUCGCCUGCCGCCACUGCCUGCCACCCGAACGCGGGAAAUGCGACGCGUUCUAGUUUGGACCCCGCCCGCCGACCCCGAAUUGUCGGGGACGUUUCGGGCUCCCUGAGGUCUCGUUCGACGCAAGGGGGGGUCUGAGAACGCGGGGAAUUCGAGGCUCUCUAGUUUGGGCCCCGCUUUUGGGCCCCGCCCGCUAUAGCCGCCGGAGUAAUUACGCCGGUAAUU